GCCCAAUGUUGACGUCAUAUUCUAGGCGCGAGUGCAGACUGUACACUUCCUUUAUUCCAUGAGUUUUUUGUACAGUAUUAUUUUAAAUUUUUAUCUCUCAACUGGCAAAUUCUUGUUGUUUCUAACUUUAGAAUUUGUUAAAGACGUCCCUCUUUUGUCGAGGACAUGGAUUUCUCGCUGGCAGAUGCCAUAGCUGACGAUGUCCCGGGCCAAGCUGAGAAAGCGGCUAACCCCAACCCAGCCGCCCCCAACGCCCCUCCGCCCACUAACCCAGGAUGGCCUGGUGCGGCCCCCGGAGCCCCCACACAGCCCUCUGCUCCUGGGGGAUUCCCUGGGGGGCCACAGUCUGGUCCAAGGGCCCCAGGGCAGUUCCCUGGAAGUCAAGGACCCUUCUCUUCCGGUCCCGGAGCACCAGGGCAGUAUCCUGGAGCUCCCUCUGCCCCUGGUGGGUUCCCACCCGGCCCAGGGGUACCGGCACAGUACCCAGCUGGGCCUGGAGCCCCGGGACAGUGCCCAGCUGGGCCUGGAGCCCCGGGACAGUACCCAGCUGGACCUGGAGCCCCGGGACAGUACCCAGCUGGACCUGGAGCCCCGGGACAGUACCCAGCUGGACCUGGAGCCCCAGGACAGUACCCAGCUGGACCAGGAGCUCCGGGGCAGUACCCAGCUAGGCCUGGAGCCCAGGGACAGUACCCAGCUGGACCUGGAGCCCCGGGACAGUACCCAGCUGGACCUGGAGCCCCAGGACAGUACCCAGCUGGACCAGGAGCUCCGGGGCAAUACCCAGCUGGGCCUGGAGCCCCGGGACAGUACCCAGCUGGACCAGGAGCUCCGGGGCAAUACCCAGCUGGGCCUGGAGCCCCGGGACAGUAUCCAGCUGGGCCAGGAGCUCCGGGGCAAUACCCACCCGGGCCUGGAGCACCUGGACAGUUCCCUGGAGCCCCCAUGCAGUACCCGUCUGGACCCUUCCAAACUAGCCCCGGAGCACCAACAGGACCCUACCCCAAUGUGCCUUACCCAGGAGCCCAGCCUGGUGGGGGGAUGUAUGGGCCUGGAGGUCCAGGAGCUGCCUUCUCUCCUGCAGGAGGCACCUUCCCUGGUGGAGCCUUCCCUCCCAUCCCCCCUGGAUCAUGGGGUCCUCGCGGUGGUGGAGGCUUCCCUUCCCAGCCCGGCCACCCAGGGCCCAUGGGACCAUACGGGGGGCAAGCAGCUCCAGGAGGCAUGCCGAAACAGCACUGCAAUAACAUUAUACUGGUCUGAGGUGUUUUCUGCAGGGCGCAAACCGCAAAAGACAAGCCCAGACAUAAUAUACCAUAUCCACCACAUUUUUGAAAGCACUGAACUCUUCAGAUUUUCAGUCCGAUGAGGACACCAAAGCCACAGAAAAUCACCUUGUGGUUUGGUUUAAGAACUACAAGAAAGCAGCAGCAUCAUGUAUUUGGUUGAAGAGGUUUUUACUAGCUAAUACCUGGGGGAAGGGGAAGGGGGGGGGGGCAAUAAUGUUUGCUGUCAUUCAAGUGCAAUACAUAGCCUCGGCUUUUUGUGAAACAUCACAUUUUAUAUUAUUUCACUCUUAAACUUUCAUUAAGUCACACUUGUCUUUUAUAAUAGCAUUUAUUUGCUACUUUCAAAAAAAAAAUAAAAAAUUUAAAAGCCAAACAUCAUUUGGGUAGUAAAUGUCCUGUACGUGUGUGUUUUGCCAGCAUUGAUAAAAUGUCCAAUUGUGUUUAAAUAUUUGAAAUAAAGAAUUCUAUCACUUGUG